AGUUUACAUGUGAUUAAUUUUUUCCGUGUCGAGUAAAUUCACAUAUUUUUUUCUGUGUACGGACACCUAGUUUCAAGUAGGAAUCUCGCAAUUUUGAUAUAGGAUCUCCAAAUGAUUUUAUACAUUUCAAUUCAAUUUAGCUUCUUAAGUAAAAUUACUACAAUUGGUAGUCGUACAAAUUUUAGCUUUUCACUUAUUUUGCUAUUUGGCAUGUAUCUAAAUUUUGCUAAGUCCAUGAAUAUAAAAAAAAUAACAAAAUAUAAUUAUGAUUUCAAAUAACAUUAAAAAAAUUGAUACUUCCCAAUUUUGUUUUUCCAAAUUAAACCGAUUCAGUAAUUAUUGUGUUACAAACAAGGGGUAGGACAGUGAGUGAUUUUGAGAAAUUUUGAAUAACAUUGCGUUAAAUUGAGCCACUCAAAUUACUCAGAACUUCUCAAUCAUCACCUUGAUCUUCAUGAACGACGUAACGAAUUUUGACAUUGACAUUUGAACGCUGACACUGUCAAUUCGCAAAACACAAAAACAGCGGGAGCGGAAUUUUUUCCACAACUCACAAAUUCGACGAAAUAAACUCAUGGUUUUAGUGUCGAUUCCGUGCCGUGAGGUGGCGUUGGCGAUUACGGUCAAGCGAGUGCAAAAAAGCGGAACGGGCCGGACCUCGAGGUGUUGAAUUAAAUAAUGGAGAUGAUUCCGCAGAGCAGGAGCCCUGUCCUGUCUGCCGUUAGAGCUCGGACUGGCCAAGGCUUGUCUGGUGUGGAUGAACUGCUCCCGUUUUUGAAACUGCCAACACUUGCAGUGGAUCCCGAAAGGUACGAGGACGAAGUGCCGCACGCAAAACCAUCACUCGAACCGUCGCCAGCGUUCAUCCCAACGGUUCGUCCGUACAGUGCCACCGACUUAAACACAUCCACCCUCAAUCUCACCUGUGCCCUUGAACGCCCCUUGACGCACCUGUGGCCGGUGAUCGUGUUCAACACCCGGGUGAACGUGCAAAAUGGCGACCGCCGGAACAACCUGAUAUGGGAGUAGUUGGUCGCGAAACAGGAACGCGGAUGGACGGAACUCAGAUCGUGGCCAGGGCAAGACAGUUCUCUGGAAUAGCAACGGGUUCGGAAGCGCAUGAUGAAAGUUUGGACAUUUGGCGACAAAUGGUGAAGACUCCGUUGAAUUCAAGAUUCAAUUUGUACCUUAUCCUAGACCUUAUCGAAGGUAGCGUAACAAUAAAAUGACUUGAAUUUCCCGAAAA